AUUGAAUUGCCAUCCCAAGUGGUAUAACUGAAUCCAAUCCGUCAAUGAAUCGAAGCAUACGGCUAACGGCAUAUGGCGAACACAUGACUUGUACUCUUAUGCCAAUAAUAUUUGUGAACAGUUAUGAAUUAUGGAAACGUGUGGCUCGAUGAAAUCAAACAAGGCAUUAUCUCGUCCCUCUCUCCCAACCAUCGACUACCUUAUCCACACAUCGUGGCAGAAUCCAAACCCACCUCACAAAUUUCCCAAAUUACUUCAAUUAUUAAUCAACCAAUGACCUUCUCCAUUUAUCUUCUUCAUUUCUCCAACAAAAAUCAACAAACAUGGCUUCCUCUACACUUUCACCCCCUACCUUAUCUCAGCUAUGCUCAAGCAAGAGUGGAAUGUUUGCGCCAUCACUGGCUUUGGCGAAAUCAGGAAAAGUGAAUGUGAUGAUGGGUAAAGGAAGAGUAGGAGGAAUGAAGGUAAGUUGUCAAGCUACAAGUAUACCAGCAGAUGACAGGGUACCUGACAUGGGGAAACGCCAACUUAUGAAUCUUUUGUUGUUGGGUGCUAUUUCUCUUCCUACGGGUUUCAUGUUGGUUCCUUAUACUUACUUCUUCGUUCCUCCUGGUAAAGGAGGUGGUUCUGGUGGCACCGUCGCCAAGGAUGCUCUUGGAAAUGAUGUUAUCGCUGCUGAAUGGCUUAAGAACCAUGGACCAAAUGAUCGUACUCUUACCCAAGGGCUCAAGGGAGAUCCAACAUACUUAGUCGUGGAGAGCGACAGAACUCUUGCAACAUAUGGAAUCAAUGCUGUGUGCACGCAUCUUGGAUGUGUGGUUCCAUGGAAUGCUGCUGAGAACAAAUUCAUCUGUCCAUGCCAUGGAUCACAAUACAACAACCAAGGCAGAGUUGUUAGAGGACCUGCACCUCUUUCAUUGGCAUUGGCACACUGUGAUAUAGAUGAUGGAAAGGUGGUUUUCGUGCCAUGGACCGAAACAGAUUUCAGAACUGGUGAUGAGCCAUGGUGGUCUUAAAACUAGGCCAUAACUAUCAGUUGCUGCACUGUAUUCAUUACACUAGAGUAGGUAUUGUAAAAUGUUGAGUCACCAGGGACACUAAUAUUGGAAUUUUUAUCCCGGUAGAUUCAUUUCCUCGUUUCAUGAAGGUACAUGCUUGCUUGUAACUUUACUAUAUCUAUUCACAUGGUCUCAAUUGUAAUACUUUGGAGUAACACUUAUUUCUAUCAUCUAUAUAUUUGCAUCUUACAAUUAAACUGAUUA